AUGGAAGAAAGCAGCAGUGUUGCCAUGUUGGUGCCAGAUAUUGGGGAACAGGAAGCUAUAUUGACUGCUGAAACUGUCAUCAGUUCAUCACUGGAAAUUGAUGAACAAAGAAAAGUUAAAACAGAUCCAUUGAUCCAUGUUAUCCAGAAGUUAAGCAAGAUAGUAGAACAUGAAAAGUCACAAAAAUGUCUUUUGAUCGGGAAAAAACGCUCACGUUCAAGUGCUGCAACACACUCUCUUGAAACCCAAGAACUUUGUGAGAUUCCAGCUAAAGUAACCCAGUCCCCUGCUGGGAUCAGAAGGGCUGAGAUGUCUCAGAUACAUUUUACCCCUGGCUCUCUUGCCCAGAACGAUGGGAAGACUAUGUCUUACCAGUGUAGCCUUUGCAAGUUUCUGUCAUCAUCGUUUUCUGUGUUAAAAGAUCAUAUCAAGCAGCAUGGUCAGCAAAAUGAAGUGAUAUUAAUGUGCUCAGAGUGCCACAUUACAUCUAAAAGCCAAGAGGAACUUGAAGCUCACGUGGUAAACGACCACGAAAACGAUGCCAACAGUCACACUCAAUCCAAAGCCCAGCAGUGUGUAAGCCCUUCCAACUCUUUGUGUCAGAGGCCCACAGAAAGAAACCAUGAAACCAUUUCUGAUGUCCAAGUGAGUGUGGACAGUGCGCAAACGCACGCUGCCCAAAACGCACCCAUGGCAGAAAUGGGUAAGAGGAAAUGGUAUGCGUAUGAACAGUAUGGCAUGUACCGAUGCUUGUUUUGUAGUUACACCUGUGGCCAGCAGAGAAUGUUGAAAACACAUGCUUGGAAACAUGCUGGGGAGGUUGACUGCUCCUAUCCGAUCUUUGAAAAUGAAAAUGAGCCCCUAGGCCUGCUGGAUUCUUCAGUGGCUGCUGAACCUGGUGGGGUGGAUGCAGUCGUCAUUGCUAUUGGAGACAACGAACUGAGUAUCCACAAUGGGCCUUCAGUACAAGUACAGAUUUGCAGCUCAGAACCGUUAUCCUCUUCGUCUCCUUUAGGACAGAGUGCAGAAGGUGGAGUUCAUCUGACUCAGUCAGUUACCCUUGACCCCAGUGAGGAAGAGAUGCUAGAGGUGAUAUCUGAUGUGGAGGAGAACCUGAUCGCUGAUAGUCUGCUUUCAUCCGCACAGAAAAUCAUUAGUAGUAGUCCAAAUAAAAAAGGUCAUGUUAACGUGAUAGUAGAACGUUUGCCAAGUGCUGAAGAAACUCUUUCACAGAAACAUUUCCUCAUGAAUGCUGAAAUCGAAGAGGGAAAAAACCUGAGCCCGACAGAAUCCCAGAUUGGGGGUGAAGGAAGAGAUGAAGUUUAUCAUGCUGAUAAAUGUACUGUUGAUAUUGGGGGGCUGAUCAUAGGCUGGAGCAAUCCAGAGAAGAAAGACAGUGAGUUAAUAACCAAAGGACUGGCUACUGAUGAGAAUGCCCCACCAGGCCGAAGAAGGACAAAUUCUGAGUCUCUCCGACUACACUCGUUAGCUGCAGAAGCCCUCGUCACAAUGCCCAUAAGAGCCGCAGAACUGACAAGGGCCAACCUUGGGCACUAUGGGAAUAUAAACCUUUUAGAUCCAGAUACCGGACAAAGGCAAGUGGACAGUACGUUGGCGGCUUAUUCUAAAAUGAUGUCGCCACUUAAAAACUCUUCAGAUGGAUUAACUGGUUUUGACCAAAGCAACUCUACGUUGGUAGCACUCCCAGAGGGUAGGCAGGAGUUGUCAGAUGGGCAAGUGAAGACGGGUAUCAGCAUGUCCUUACUGACUGUGAUCGAAAAGUUGAGGGAAAGGACAGACCAAAAUGCUUCCGACGAUGACAUUUUGAAAGAGCUGCAGGACAACGCCCAGUGCCAACCCAACAGUGACGCAGGUUUAUCGGGAAGCAAUGUGGUGGAAUACAUCCCUAAUGCUGAUCGACCCUACCGCUGCCGCCUGUGUCACUACGCAAGUGGUAACAAGGGCUACAUCAAGCAGCACUUGCGGGUCCAUCGACAGAGACAGCCCUAUCAGUGUCCUAUCUGUGAGCACAUAGCUGACGACAGCAAAGAUUUGGAGAACCACAUGAUCAACCACUGCAAAACAAGAAUAUACCAGUGCAAGCAGUGUGAAGAGUCGUUUCAUUAUAAGAGUCAACUGAGGAACCAUGAGAGAGAGCAACACAGCCUUCCAGAUACCUUGUCAGUAGCAGCUUCUAAUGAGUCAAGAAUUUCCAGUGAUACAGCUGAUGGAAAAGGUGUUCAAGAAGGGAGUAAGUCUUCAGUACAGAAACAGUAUAGAUGUGACGUGUGCGAUUAUACAAGUACAACCUACGUUGGUGUCAGAAACCACCGGCGAAUCCAUAACUCUGACAAGCCAUACAGAUGUUCUCUGUGUGGGUACGUGUGCAGCCAUCCUCCUUCUUUGAAGUCUCACAUGUGGAAGCAUGCAAGUGACCAGAAUUACAACUACGAACAAGUAAACAAGGCUAUCAAUGAUGCCAUUUCACAGAGUGGCAGAGUUCUGGGGAGAUCCCCUGGAAAGAUGCUCUUAAACAGCAGUGAGGACAGAGCCGAUCGAGCCGAUCCUGUCACUGGAAGUUCUGAAAACUUGGUGUCAGCCUCAGAGCUGAUUUCCCAGGCCCCCGGCGAAGUUGUAGGUUCCAACGACAACGAGAAACUGAGCCCUACGAGUAAUACCUCAUACAGUUUAGAAAAAAACUCCAGUUUGGCCCCUCCUGGCAUGGAGUAUUGUGUUUUACUCUUCUGUUGUUGUAUUUGCGGUUUUGAAUCUACCAGCAAAGAAAAUCUCUUGGAUCAUAUGAAAGAGCAUGAGGGUGAGAUCGUAAACAUCAUCCUAAGUAAGGACCACAACACAACUCUAAACACAAAUUAG